AUGCCCGUCGACGAGUCCAAAUCGUAUGCGAGCCGGCCAAGCCUGGCGUCGAUGUCCUCGCCGACGCGCGCCUCAUCAUCGGCGUCUGCGGCAGUCUCACGGGCUUCAUCAUCUGCAUCCGUGAACGCGGCUAGGCAACAGCGCAAUGAAGAAUCAGUACGAACGCCUACUGCAGCCCUGAAAAGAGACGACGAGUUCUUCUUGCGUACGGUGUUCCUGCAGGCAGGAGACACCCUCUUCAAUGUACCGCGAUCUGGACUACCCGCCAAUUCAAACUACUUUGACAGCUUGUUCUCACUUGACUUCGGCGGCGCUGGUUCAAACCUCGAGAGUCCUGUCAGGCUGGAUGCUGACAUCACGGCUGAUGACUUUCGAAGUCUACUCAAGAUCACGUACCGCCCAUUUGCCUCCGAUCAGCUACCAGCGCUCACAGUGGAUCAAUGGAUGUCCGCCCUAAAACUGGCCAAACGUUGGUCCCUCUCCGACGUACGCGACAAAGCCGUCUCCGGCCUCUCCCUACAGAUGCAACACAAAACACCCAUUGAAAAGAUUGUACUCGCAAAGAAGUACGACGUCGCGCGAUGGUUCGAAGAAGGGCUCGUCGCGCUGGCUUCUGUGGACAAGCCUUUGGACCCUACGGUCAGAAAGCAGCUCGGAUGGGAGGUAUACGCGCGGCUCAUGGAUGUUCGCGAACGUGGGCGAGCGGGAGCGUGGAAACAGCUCGUCGCGUUCGUGGAUACUUCCCCAUCAGGGAAAGGGAAGGGCGUUGCGGGUGCAUGUCACCAAUGCGAUUUCACGCAUAGCAUCAUCCUGUCGGGAUCGAAAAGCCUCGAGGAUCACCUGCCGCAUCCUACUCCAUACGGUGACCUGGUAAGGGAGGAGUUCGGCAAGGAGUUACAUAACAUGAAAGGAUACACUGGCUCCAGCUGA